GUCAGGGAUUCAAAUUAUGCACUAAUUGGCAGAUAUUGUGGCAGUCGACUGCCUCCGGCCCUCACCUCUACCGGCAAUCAAUUGUUUGUCGUCUUCAAGUCUGACCGCCGGAGAGCACAGGAAGGUUUUGCGGCCGCGUAUUCUUUCCUCGAUGUCACCCAUUCUUGUGGCGGCAAUUUUUUCACCGAUUCCGGAACCAUCAGAUCUCCCGGUUAUCCAAAUGUUAAUUAUCCGCCACAACGAGAUUGUGUUUGGCUUCUGGAAGUAGAUAACGGGCGACAAAUAGUUCUUAAUGUCACACAUUUUGAACUCGAAGGCGGGUCCGGUUGUCGUUAUGAUUACCUGGAGAUCAGAAACGGAAGAGAAGAGAGGUCUCCACUAAUCGGCAAUUUCUGCGGACAAACAAUUCCUCAGACAAUUACAUCACAUGGACACGUUUUAUAUCUUCGCUUCAAAUCUGACGGAUCAAUGAGUGCCAAAGGCUUUGAGAUAACCUACGACAGCGGAACUACUGGCUGUGGAGGU